AUGUUCCAAAAAUUGCUGCUAUCCUUGGCCGGCCCUCAAAUCGCUGUUUACAGCUCAUCGCUGAGGCUUUACGUGUGCGAUGGACGACUUUCGGAGUAUACAAGGUGUACUUACAGAACUUCUGGAAUCUUCCAAUCUCAACUGCUUUCAAAUGUGUUCCAGCUUCUUCCAAAGCGCAUAUAUAACGAAGCAUUGGCUGAUGAAGCUGUAGUUGAGCACGCUAAUGCUUUUAAGCAUCUAGGAUCACGUGGAGACAAAGAAAAGGAAGAAGGUAUGAGCAAUACAAGAGGUGGACUUCUUAUGUAG